AUGUCUAUCGUGGCACUAGCAGAUGGACAGCAGUCCAGCGUCACCCUUGAUGUCCUUCAUGAUGUCGCGGCUCGCAACAACAUCAGGAUUCCGUCCAAAGCGGACGAAGAAGCAUAUCUGCUUGUUCUUCAAUCAGCUGACAUGACGGCUGCAAGCGUCAAUAGGCUGCCAGACUACGUUGAUCCUCGACUCGAGCCUGUCCCUACGAUCGGCGGACGAGAGUAUUGGAAACCCAAAAAGAAUAGUCACAAUGCGUGGAGUCACCAAGCACAUCUUGUGGCAGAAAGACCACUGUCAGACGUUCUCAGCGGCCGCAAAAUCAUCAUGAAGGAUAAUAUGUCUGUUUUUGGUCUGCCGCAUACUUGUGGAACUUUUCCUCAAUUUGUUUCCAAGGACAGAAAAUAUCCGAUUGCUGCGAUCGAUGCGUCAAUAACAAGGAGAUUACUGGAGGCUGGAGCUACCAUUGUGGGCACAUCGACAUGCGAGAACUAUUCUCUAACUCCAAUGUCCUACACUUCAGCCAACGGACCAGUCCACAAUCCUUGGCUCCACGGUUAUAAUGCUGGUGGGAGCACCAGUGGAGGGGCAUGCCUUCUCGCGCUGGGGAACGCCCGAGCUGCUGGAGUUCCUGGUCUGGAGGAGGCCGGAGAAGAUGUCGACCUAGCGAUGGGUGGAGAUCAAGCCGGGAGCAUUCGCCUUCCGUCAUCCUAUUGCGGCGUCUAUGGUCUUAAACCCACGCAUGGACUAGUCCCGUACACAGGAAUUGCUGGACUCCAUCCGAUGAUCGACUACACCGGACCUAUGGCAAGGAAAUUGGAAGAUAUAGCCGCUCUACUCACAGUGGUUUCCGGCUAUGACGGGCUGGAUUCUCGCAUGACGCCCGAAUCGCCGCUUCGCCAACAUGUUGUUGACUAUGCAACACAACUCGCUGCUGCAGAAAACCCGGGCAGAGGCCUUAAAGUUGGUAUCAUAACAGAGGCACUUACUUCGCCGGGUACCCAGACCGAAGUUGCAGAAGCUGUCCGUUCGGCUGCGUUGAAACACUUUGGAGCCAGCGGUGCAACGGUGUCUGAAAUCUCGCUCCCGAUGCAUCUGCUCGGCCCUGCAAUCUGGACCGCGUCGACAAGGACACAUCUUGCCGGAUUGGCCAUUGGCGGUCGAGUUCCCGAUGUGCUCAGUCAUAACAUUCCACACCUAUCCCUGAGAUGGCCUCCAGAUCAAGAAAUGUAUGAUCUGUUGACUGUGGCCAACCCCGCGGUAAUAAACAUCAUUUUCUGUGAGACUUUUUUGAAAGAAAAGUUUGGUCCAGAAGUUCAAGCUAAAGCUCAUCGCCAUGUGUUGCAAUUAAGAGCGGCUUACGACAAGGCUUUGGAAGAAUUCGAUGUCCUUAUCACUCCUACUACACCAACAGUUGCUCCUCCGCAUCCUGAUUUACGACCUGAGGCAGAGGGCGGCAGUAAUGUUAUGGACAAGAUCAAAUUGGCAGUUGGGUCAACCAACAACACCUGUCCUUUCAACGCCACUGGCCAUCCAGCAUUGAACGUCCCCUGUGGUUGGGCAAGUGCGCGGAACGGGAAUGGGAUGCUCCCCGUGGGUAUGCAGGUGAUUGGCAAGAGGUGGGAUGAUAUUGGAGUAUUGAAAGCUGCGAAAGCAUUCGAACUAGGAGGAGGAGGUCUGGGCUCAUGGCCUGGCCAAACGAGAGUGUGA